AAAAUGGGAUGAGCAAGCAGAACAAAGAUUAACCAGACCCGGGGAAAGAAGGAAAAACUUCACCACAGUGCAUGUGAGAGUCACCUGGUAAUGGAGAGAAAUGGAGAAACAUGCAGGUCCCUGAAGAACCAAAGAACACAGAAGUAGAGGAUGAACAGGUGUGUCUUUGUGCGCGUGUGUGUCCUGUUCUCUGUUCUGUGCCUCGGCGCUCAUGUCUAUGUAGAGUUUAAGGGAUUUUAUGUGAAGAGCCGGAGGACACUUGCUCCCACAAAGGAACCUCAAAAACACACCAGGACUCUGGGAGUUUUGGAGGAAAGCAGAGGAUUGAGUGAGUCAGUGCCCACGUGCCACCUCACGGGCAGACAGAAAGACAGAAGGUCUCUCCGGUGGAGAAUUGAGCUGGAGCCUUGGGCCAGUAAGAGUCGCACCCUGGAAGAUGAGGCAUUCAGAUUUAUCAAGUACAUCACGACACCACAGCUAUCCUGUAGGAAUCCCGCAGACAGCCUGCCAGCUCAGGGAUCAUGGGCGCUAUGUUUGGAUAACCGAUUCAGCCUGGCAAGAAGCAUCAACUCUAAACACUGUCGAGUCUACUCGCUUGGGUUGGGAGGGGAGGAUAAGCAGUUGGAGAGAGUGUUAGCUAAGGCAGGUUGUGAGGUUCACUGUUUCGACCCCAGCAUCAGAGAGGCUCACCUGCAGGACUCACACAUGUGGCUUCACCGACUCUCCAUCGACUGGAGGGACCCGAACCCUGCUGUCAUGACGGAGAGACAGCACAGCAGCACCAAGAAGCUUUCCGCAGUCCUUAACCACUAUGGGCACAGACAGCUAGACGUGCUGAAAGUGGACAUGGAAAGUGCCGAAUGGAAAAUCUUGGAGAAUCUGAUUUUGGAAAACGUUUUACCCUCUGUGGGUCUCUUGAUCCUCGAGGUUCACCUACACUGGGCCGGGUUCGAAGUGAGCGGCGACGAGUCCUCCGUAGUGCGCUACUGGUUUAGUCUGCUGAAGGAGAUGGAGAAUACACACUUCCGCCUCUACCACAGUUACAAAGACCCAGCAAAGCCACAGCUCUUCCUUCAAAAGAACAUACACAAUGCAAGCAGCACUUACAUACUGGGAUGGGUCAAUGAGUGCUAUUUGGCACGGUAAGACUCAUCCGGACUGAAAGUUAGAAAAAUAGAGUACAGCAGAGAUUUUAUUUUGGAGAGCGGCUGUAUAGAGGAGUUAUUCAAAGAUUGCAAUCUGCAGGGAAAACUAUUGUACUUAGAGUCAAUUUAUUGUGAGCAGCAAGAUGUGUGUUGUCCCCUGCAACAAUCUCAUUUGCAAGAUUGUGUAUCUUCAGGAGUAGAAACACGAGACUCAAGCCAGGGAUAAACUGAAGUGUAGUGGAUCAACACAAUGUACUCGAUACAAUCAUUGCAAGAAAUGGAAAAACAACUGUACUUCGCCAAGCUGAAGCAGAUUUAUAAAAACCUCAAAUGUGGAUUUCAUCUGAUUAGACUUACUUCUACAUUCAAAAGUCAUGGUCCCCAUUUUUACAGGAAAAUUCCCACUUCAUUGAUUCUCUAAUGGUUAUAAUUUACCAAUACAUCUAAGAGGAAUUUGAUACAUUAUGGACAAAAGUAUUUGGCAAAACCUGUUAAUUAUUGAAUUUAAGUGUUUCAAUCAGACUCCUUAUCCCCAGUGAAGGGCAAUCUAUACUUAAGCAUAUAAUCAAUGCUAUACUUCCAACUUUGUGGCAACUGUUAACAAGGAGAAGGUCCUUCUCUAUUCCAACAUGACUGCGCCCCAGUGCACAAAGCAACGACUAUAAAGCCAUGGGUUCGGUUCAGUUUGGUUGAUGAGUUCAGUUUGGUUGAUGAGUUCCAUGACCUCAACCCCAUCAAGCACCUUUGUGAUAAAUUGGAACGGAGAUUGUGAGCCAGGCCUUCUCGUCCAACAUCAGUAACUGACCCCAUAAAUGCUCUACAAAAUGAAUGAUUACAAGUAUCCACAGAAACACUACAGAAACUUGAACACAGCCUUCCAAGAAGAGUGGAAGCUGUUAUAGCUGCAAAAGUGGGACUAACUCUAUAUUAAAGUACAUGUAUUUGAAUACAAUGUUAUUGCAGUUUUCGCCAAAUACUUUACUCAAUAUAUAGUGUACUACUCAUGGUUUUGAUAUUCCUCCCAGCUACUGCCAAGUUUUACAAGCUAAUUAAUAAAACCUUUAACCAGAAACAAUAAGUAAUAAAGUCUCAGAAUGCUCAGGUAUAUUAUGACUUGAAUGCAACUGGAUGGUGUGUUUGCCUUUUCUGUAAUAAAUGUGUGAACUUCACUUCAUUCAGAGGUUUUCCAUAAGCAGACACUCUGUUGUUAGGGCAUGGCCAUGACAUUAUACUGAAGCUGUAUGUUUCCACAGUAUAAUGAACUUUGCAACAUUUUGUAAUCUUUUAAUCUCAAACGAAAAUGGACUUUUUUAUGUGAUUUUAUUUUAUCAUUUGUAUUUGCAUAACAUUUAAAUUUGUUCCCUAUGUCCCUGUCAGUCAAAACACAAAAAUGUUUUUAAUUUCUGACUUUUAAGCCUCGAUUCUGAUGUUAGCUUUCAGAUCUCAGAUAUAGAAAAAUGGAUGGCAUGCUUGCAAGAGACAGAAUGGUUCAGAUAGAAAAAGAGAACAAACUAUCAACUGGAGUCUUGAGAAACAUAACUUAAGGAAGCCAUUUGGUUUCAGCAUUUUGGAAUAAUGUCACAAAACUGGAAUCAUAACUGUUCAGAUACUUACUUCUACUUCAAUUACUUACUAUUUGACUGCUAAAAAAAACCCUGUGUUUUCACAUGUACUAAUUUUGUCCCAUACUUUUGAUAAGUAGAGCUUAAAA